CAAGAGAGAAUGUCUGAAUAGGGAGAGAAAGUGAGAAACAAAACUAAACCGGACUUAAUAGGAAAACGAAUAAAGAAGAUGCGAAAACCGGUUAUGUAGAUAUGCCUAUAUAAACAGACCAAGACUAAUAAGCUUCACUGACACAACUGUUUCUCCCCAUCAGAUCCAUCAACGAAACACUUAGUUAUGGGUUUAUUUGUUCGUAGGGCGUGUGUGUGUAUCUUUGUAUUCGCUCUUGUCGCCGAAUUUGCCUUAGGACAUGUCGAGGUUAAGGACGACAAACACUUGUUUCACAAACCUCGUCCAUUCUUCCACAAGAAGGGUUUUAGAAAGGGUUUGGGAGGCGGAGGUGGUCUUGGAGGCGGUGGCGGUUUGGGCGGAGGAGGUGGUCUAGGCCACGGUGGAGGUCUGGGCGGAGGAGGUGGUCUAGGACACGGUGGCGGUCUAGGAGGCGGUGGUGGUCUAGGCGGGGGUGGCGGUCUUGGUGGAGGUGGUGGAUUAGGAGGCGGUAGCGGUUUGGGCGGAGGAGGUGGUCUAGGCCACGGUGGCGGUCUAGGUGGAGGUGGUGGUCUAGGAGGCGGUGGUGGUCUAGGUGGUGGUGGUGGUUUGGGCGGAGGAGCUGGAGGAGGAUGGGGUGGUGCUGGAGGAGGACUUGGGGGCGGUGGUGGUGCUGGAGGAGGAGGAGGAUUUGGUGGCGGAGGGGGAUUUGGUGGCGGAGGAGGCUUCGGCGGUGGCGCAGGUGGUGGAGGAGGAUUUGGAGGCGGUUACGGUGGCGGUGGCCAUCACUAAUGAGUGAUGAGGCUCAUGCUCAUGCUCAUGCAUUCGUACGUUGUUAUUAUUUAAUUAAAUGAAACAUGAUAAUUAAUUACAAUAAAAAUGAUAUAUAGCAAUCGUGAAUGUUUGUUUCUAUUAGUUGUCACUUGUAUUGUAAUGCUAUUUUCAUGUUAUGCUAUGGUUGGUUUCAAGUUUCAACUUUCAAUUUUGGUUAAUAAAAUGGCUGCUUUACUUUUUGGCAGCAGUUUUUCUUUA